AAAGUCGGACUAAUUGGGAGCGAAUUCGAAUGCGCCAGCUGGUUGUCGCAAGACAUUCGCAAGGUAGUCGUCCCUCGGCAUCAGUGACGAUGCUUCCUGCUCUCGCGGCAACAUGAGCUCGUCGUCGCCGUCCCGGUCGCAAGCCCCGCAGGCUCCGUCGGCCGGCCGUCGCAUCUUCUCAAAGUUCGCAUCCCCUCUGUUCUCGCAAAAGGGCCGUAGCAUUGCCGACUUCCACAUCAAGGCGCAUGAUCCGCACAAGCAGUACUCGCCCGGCGAGAGCGUCAAGGGCGCCGUCGUCGUCAAGGUCGUCAAGCCCGUCAGAGUCACGCACGUCUCGGUCUGUCUGCACGGCUUCGCCCAGGUAUACCGCUCGCCCAGCGCCACGGCCGACCAGUUGCGCGGAAACACCAACCGUAUCGGCCGCGCUCAGGGGCGAGGCAAGAAGUCGGGCGAGUACUUUGGCAAUGGCUUCGCCUCGCUGUUCGAGGACGAGUCGGUCCUGUGCGGUGACGGCCGUCUGGACGAAGGCGUGUACCGCUUCGACUUCGAGGUGCAGUUCCCAGAAGACAUGGAAUUGCCCAGCAGCAUCGACUUUGAGCGAGGCACCAUCUCCUAUAUGCUCACUGCCACCCUGACCCGACCGACCACCAUUGCCCCCGUCAUCUCACAUGACCAGAAGAUCUACCUGGUCGAGCGCGUCGACAUUGCUCCCCUUCUCCCGCCGAAACCGCGUACCAUUACCCUCGAGCCCGUCAGCAGAAAGAUCAAGCCGCCGAGAGGGCCCUCCUCGCUGCCAGCAAGAACAUCGACUUCACCCACGCACGAAGCAGACCCGCCCACACCAUCACUCAGCGAGUUCAGUCUCGACAGUCGCGUCAGCAGCAGCCAGAGCGACACUCCGCACAAGCUCAUCACCGCGACUGUCGAGUUGCUCAAAGGCGCAUGUCUACGAGGCGACAGCUUCCCCGUCAGAAUCUCCAUCAAUCACACAAAGCAUAUCAAAAGCAUCAACGGCAUCAUCAUUACUCUCUACCGCCAGGCUCGCGUCGACAUGCAUCCCGCUCUGCCUCUGGGUCCUGUAUCCGAAGGUCAGAAGCGCAAGUACGAAGACUAUUAUCCAAAGUCAAUCACCGGCCUUGGUGGCUUGUCGCUCUCUGGCGCCGGCUCCAGCCACACGUUUCGCAAAGACCUCGCCCAAAUCCUGGUCCCGUUAUACGUGGACCCCAUCUCUUUGACUGCAGAGAUCAAUGCCAAAAUUGGUGUCCCUCAUGGCGCCUUCCCUACAAUCACCUCGGUCCCUGGUGCCAUGAUUUCCUUUCGUUACUACAUCGAGAUUGUUCUUGAUAUACAAGGCAAACUCACCCACGACAGAUAUCUCUCACAGCAUGGCAGCGGGCCUGUCUCCGCGAACACGCGACCUGGCGACUCUAAAGAGAAUAGCCUUUUCAACGGUCCCGACGACACUCCCUUCUUGAUGCUCAACGGUGCUGGCAUUCUGGACACCGCCCCUAUACGCAGGGACAAAUCCGUCGCAACCUGCACCUUCGAAGUGGUUGUUGGUACUGCCGACAGUGAACGUAAUGCCAGGAAGGGAAAAGCAAAAGCUGUCGACAUUCCUCUGCCACCGGAGAAUACCAGCCACGUCACAGAUGCAUCACCCUAUGCAGUGCAACAACAGGGUCAUUCGACUGUCUCGAGCCGCGACUUUGAGUCCUACCAGCACGUAGACGGGUACACUUACGACCAUGAUCACAACGCCCAUCUGGACUACCAAUACGUUCCAAACUACGACUAUGGCGCUGAUGCUUACCAUUGGGAUGCGUCUCAAGAGUACCCAUACGACGAGUCUUAUCAUCCAGCUUACUACGAGCCCCCGGCAUUGGAAGAUGAAGAGACACUGCCUGAGAAGGAACGGUUGCGCAGAGCCGAGGCACGAUUGAUGCCUAGUCAACCACCUCCAAUGGCUUCAGCAUCUUCAGGUGCUGAAGAGGCCACAGCUCCCGCACUGCCUGUGGACGAGUCUUACCACGAUUACGGGCCUGCAGUUGCUGGAUCAUCACAGUCUAUUGUGAUGCCAUCACGCGCAACCCAACCAAUACCCAUACCCAUACUACGGACUGAUAACACCACUGUUCAAAGUGGCAGCAGUCAUCUGCCACCCACAGACGACAAGCACGAGUUACAACGGCGGCAACUAGAACUCUCGACGAGUGCGCCACCCCUACCGACGAAUAGAAACGCAGAAGGCGGCGCAUCGGAGAAUCUACCGCGUUACCGUCGAUGAGAAAUUUCGAUGGAGGAGGCUGAUCAGCAGUACAAAGAAUUGCACGAAACAAUUGUUGUGGGCGUCAUUGGAAGAGGGGGAUACGUGCGCUAAGGUGCCUACUCCGUACCUGAAUUUUAGAGCUGGUUGAGGCUUUCGGCAUGAUGAUGCACCUAUUUCACCCUUGCAUAAUAAUAGAUGCUGAACAGACCUCGGCUUUAGCUGCAUAUUUUGCUUUUUCUUCCUUUUCCUUCCAUCUACGUUUGUUUGUCAGCAACGAAUGAUGAUGGGUUCGGUGCCUGGCAUGCGCGGUAUACCGCCCCCCCCCCCCCCCCCCCGGUUCGAG